AUGACGGACUCGAACACUUCCUCGCAAGUCGGUGCACCGAGCCCCGCGGUUCCCCCAGCGAGGCCCAAUUCCGCCGUUGCCGCCAUACUGCUGGAAAUUCCGUGGGAGUGCCUCGCUCUGGUGGUGAUUGUGACGGUAGGCCUGUGCGUGGGCUUGUCGGUGGCGGUGCACGCGCUGUGGACGCGCUACUCCGACCACGGUUCCCGGGGGGCGGCCGAGGCCCAGCUGUCCAGCAGCGGCGACUUCCGCUCCUAUGCGGCCGCAACCGACGCCGUUCAAUGCGCGCCCGUCACAAGGUUCAUCUUCGAGCGCAACGGGUCGGUGGCAGACGCGGCGAUUGCGACGUUCCUUUGCGCAUGCGUCGUGCUGCCCCACGCUGUCGGCAUCGGUGGCGGAUUCAUUGCGCUCAUCUACGACAGGAAGGAGAACGCGACGCACGUUCUGGAUGCCCGCGAGGUGGCCCCCUUGGCAGCCAGGCCGGACAUGUUCAUUCAGAACACGGAGGAGGCAGUCGUUGGUGGCCGCGCGGUGGCUGUUCCUGGCGUAGUUCACGGCCUGGGCGAACUUCACCGGCGCUUCGGCCGUUUACCGUGGGCCGAGCUUUUCACGCCCGCGGUGAACCUCGCGCGAUUCGGCUUUCCCGUGGGUCCCGAGCUCGCCGCGGCCCUGGCCGGCGCCCAGACCAUGUUUGACACAAACCUACGGGCCCGGGCUCACUUCUGGAACGACGUCUCCAACAUGCCCUACCGGGAAGGGGAGACGCUCAAGCAGCCUUUUCUGGCCGACGCCCUGGAGGCUAUCGCCAACGACAGCGCCACCGCUUUCUAUAACGGCAGAAUCGCCAAGGCUCUCGUCAGAGACCUGAGGAGCAUCGGUGGCAUCCUGACGCAGCGUGACCUGCGAUCGUACAUCUCCAAGUGGCGGGCGCCCGUCGAGUCCGAGCUGGUCGAUGGCUCGCGGCUCCAGAGCGCACCCGCUCCCAGCUCGGGUCCCGUGCUGCUGUACGCGGCCGCACUGCUCAACCACAUGGGCGCUCCGCACUCUCAAGAGCUGCUCUUCCACCGCAUGGUCGAGAGCUUCAAGUACGCGUACGCCAAGUUCAACGAGCUCUCCGACGAGGACUUCGUAAACCUAUCCGCGAGCAUGCGCAGCAUCACGUCGGUGGAGCACGUGCGGCGCACGUUGAGCCUCAUCGACGACCAGCGCACGUACGACGACCCCCGCCACUACGGCCUACACCGCCUCGGUCGCAUGCAGCACGGCUCAUCGCACUUCGCCUUCCUUGGCUCGGCGGGCGACGCCGUCUCCAUGACGGGCUCCCUCGGAGAGCAGUACGUGUCGAGACUUACUAUGAGAAGGAGUAUCUUAUAA